AUGGCUGCUAGACUCAGGCUCGAGAACAAGGUUUGUAUAAUCACUGGAGCUGGAUCCGGUAUAGGUCUCGAGACAGCCGCCCAAUUCGCCUCGGAGGGAGCCAGGCUCGUCAUCUCAGAUAUCAACCUCCAAGCUGUCCAGGAUGCCGCCAACAAGAUCAACAAGAAGUUCCCCUCUGCUAAGGCUGUAGCUGUCAAAUGCGAUGUCAGUAAAGAGGAGGAUGUGAAAGGUCAGGUGGAUAAGGCUGUGCAGGAGUUUGGACGAUUGGAUGUUGUAUUCAACAACGCAGGUAUCAUGCAUCCACAGGAUGAUAACGCGCUCAACACCGAGGAGAAGAUCUGGGAUCUCACACAUAAUAUAAACGUCAAAGGUGUUUGGUACGGAUGUAAAUAUGCCAUCUUAGCUAUGAGGAACAACAAAGCGGAACCUGAGAAAGGACUCGGCGUAGGAGGGUCAAUCAUCAACGUAGCUUCUUUCGUGGCCAAAUUAGGUGCAGCUACACCUCAAAUUGCCUAUACCGCCUCUAAAGGAGCUGUCCUCGCCAUGACCCGUGAACUUGCCAUGGUCCAUGCUCGAGAAGGUAUUCGAAUCAACUCCCUCUGUCCUGGUCCUAUCCGAACUCCCCUCCUUAUGGACUUCCUCAACACCCCUGAGAAGUUGAACAGACGUAUGAUCCAUAACCCCAUGGGUAGAUUCGGUGAAGCGGUGGAACAAGCUAAGGCUGUUGUCUUCUUGGCAUCUGACGAUUCAUCUUACAUCAACGGUACUGACUUCUUGGUAGAUGGUGGUCUUCACGCUUGUUAUGUUACCCCCGAAGGUGAACAACAAGCUCCUGCUCCAGCUGGACUCGCUUCCACCCUUUAA